AUGACGAGUACAGUCGUGCAAAAGGCGCUUCUGGCGCUGUGCAUUAUUUUCAUCCUUAUCGGGCUAGGAUUGACAAUUUCUGGUGUAUUCUCACCUGCAUGGCAAGUGGUGGACAUUCGGGAAUUUCGUGCUGAACAUCAGGCAAUUGGUGAGUUCUACGAUGAGGAGCCAUUGCACUGCAUGUACAAGUUUGAUCACAGUGCCGAGCAAGUUAUCGAAGUAACUCUGAAUAACAUCGAUGAAGAUGGCGCUGCCGGAGAAUCUGAACAUCAUCGAUUUUAUGCAUGGCAAAAAGCGAUUCUUUUCUUCAUUCUCUUCUCGCAAUUUCUUGCAUUUGUGGCGCUUUGUACAGGUAUUUGUAUACCGUGCUUUCGACCAGCAGCCUUCGUGUUCACGAUCUCACUUUUUAUCGCUCGUAAGAAUUUUUGUUGA